AUGGGUUCCGUCGUACUCCCCCAUCUCUCCAGCGGCUGGCAUGUCGACCAGGCUAUCAUGUCUGAAGAAGACCGUCUGGUCGUCAUUCGAUUCGGUCGCGACUGGGACAAGGACUGCAUGCGCCAAGACGAAGUCCUCUACCGCAUUGCUGACCGCGUCAAAAACUUCGCAGCCGUCUACGUCUGCGAUCUGGAUCAGGUGCCCGACUUCAACCAGAUGUACGAGCUCUACGAUCCCAUGACCAUCAUGUUCUUCUUCCGCAACAAACACAUGAUGUGUGAUUUCGGAACCGGAAACAACAACAAGCUGAACUGGGUUUUGGAGGACAAGCAAGAGCUGAUUGACAUCAUUGAGACCAUCUACAGGGGAGCCAAGAAGGGCAGAGGUUUGGUUGUGAGUCCCAAGGACUACUCAACCAGAUACAGAUACUAG